UUCUGAACUAAAAACGCCAGCGGGACUUCUGAGCGGGGCCGGCCCUCUUCCACUGCUUGUGGUCCCUCAGUCUCCCGUCCCCUGCGAGCCGUGAACGGAACCUCCUGCCUGUGACCCACCGCCUUGGGCAGUUGGAUUAGUUGCCCUUUGCUCUUGGGCCAGAAAUGAUGAUUCCACCAGGGGAGUGCAUGUAUGCCGGAAGGAAAAGAAGGAAGCCCAUUCAGAAACAGAGGCCAGCCACGGGGGCUGAGAAGUCGAACCCCUCCAAGCGACACCGGGACCGCCUCAACGCCGAGUUGGACCACCUGGCCAGCCUGCUCCCGCUUCCCCCCGACGUCGUGUCUAAGCUGGACAAGCUUUCCGUACUGCGCCUCAGCGUCAGCUACCUCAGGGUGAAGAGCUUCUUCCAAGGAAGAGGAGCAGGCACUCGCCAGUCUGUGCAUGCGCUGAUUCACUCCCUCCCUCCUGCUGUGCAGAAGUGCCCGCGGCAGCCAGCGGCCGGUGCCCCCUCACCGGAAGACAGCGGUCUGCGCGGCGGGUCCUCCGUGCCGGAGGGAAGGCUGCUGCUGGAGUCUCUCGAUGGCUUUGCCCUGGUCGUGAGUGCAGAAGGCAUGAUAUUUUACGCGUCAGCAACGAUUGUGGACUAUCUGGGCUUCCACCAGACGGACGUGAUGCACCAGAACAUUUACGACUACAUCCACGUGGACGACCGCCAGGACUUCCGCCGGCAGCUCCACUGGGCCAUGGACCCUCGGCAGGCGCAGGCGGGGCCUGGGCAGCCCGCCCACGCCGACACAGAGGACGCCGCGCUGGGCCGGCUGCUCGCGGAGCAGGACGCGGACCUCUCCGCCUUCCUGACGCGCUGCUUCGUGUGCCGCGUGCGCUGCCUGCUGGACAGCACCUCGGGCUUCCUGACAAUGCAGUUUCAAGGAAAACUAAAAUUCCUGUUUGGACAGAAGAGAAAGACUCCAUCAGGGACAGUCCUGCCCCCACAGCUGUCACUGUUCUGCAUCGUGGUGCCCGUCCCCCUUCCCUCCGUGGCGGAGAUGAAGAUGAAGAGUGCGUUUCUGAGGGGGAAGCACAGGCUGGACGUCUCAGCCUCAGUGGACACAAAAGCAAAGGCCGCCACAAGUCUGUAUGAACCAGAAUCGCAUGGAAAACCCAAUUACUUAGCAGGGAGGAACAUUGGAGAAAACAUUCCAGUGCUCAAGGCCCAGAUGGAUGCAGGCUGCUGGGCCCGAGUUCCAGCCAGGGCCCCAUGCCUCUGCCUCAGGAGCGGUCCGGACCUCAUUUCUGACCCCAAGGGGGCCGCAGAGGACGGAGGAGGAGAGGAUCAUGGGAAGGUGUCUGGCGGCGCCCUCGGAGCCCAGCGGCGGAGGGAAGGACACGCGUAUAGUUGCUGCUUUGAGGAGCCCGGACCCAUGAAGCCCCUGAGCUGGAUGACAGGGAAACCUGCUCAGGAUGGUGGCACCAGGAUGAAGCUGGAGCCCAGGAAGAGUGACCCGUUCUCCAUACACGCUGUGUCCCGUGGCUCCUGCGUGUCCUGCCCAGGUGUUCAGGGCACUGUCCAUAGCAGUGGGGUUACUGCUUUCAGGAGUUCACCUGGCUGGCACCCAGGAAGCCACUCUCCCAGCGCCUAUGCCAGCCGCACGAGCAGAGCCUUGCAGGACGGCGAUCGGCGCCAGGUGCACCCUCUGCCCAGCUGCGCGUUUCCCCUGGGGAGCCUGGACAACGGGCUCCCUCCGCCCAGAGGGCAGCGUCUCUCGGCAGGGGGCUAUUCCACCGAGGAUGCCAAGUUCCGAGGGGGGCCAGUGCCCUCGGGAGCCCCGUGCAACCCCGUACUGUCGCUUGAUGCGCCCAUCAAGAUGGAGAACGACUCUGGCCCUGAGGAUGGCGCAGAUGGCUACUCCAUGUCCCCGAGCCAGAUGUGGCCAGGAGCCGGCGGUGUGGCCAAGAGACAGCUGGUCACUUUCCCUACCAGGAUGCACCUGAAAACAGAGGCAGACUCCAGACACCACCUGUACGCCCCACACCUGGGGCACAGCAUGCCAGGGGCUCACAGGAGUGGCGGGGCCCCACUCAGACCUGGCAGGGAGCUGGCCCCCUUCCGCCCUGCACACUGUGCCUGCCUGGAGCAUGUGCACGGCCUUCCCGAGCCAGAUGCUGCCCGCCACCUGUGUGCGCAUGGUCACCAGCCCCCUGCCCCGGGCUGUGACUGCAGAGCUCCUGCGGCCACACCCAUCGUCAAGCGAGAGCCCCUGGACUCCCCUCCAUGGGCAAGUCACAGCCAGGGUGGGGUGCCCAGCACGUUCCCCAAAAGUGCCUUGCCAACACUGAUGCCUCCCAAAGCGCCUGAGUGUGCUUUCCUGCCAUAGAGUGGGUGUUUCUAAAGCCCUCAGCUGGCACGGCAGGGGUGGGGUCAGAGCCUUUCCUAAGUGAUGCUCCGCACAGCUGCUGGAGUUCGGUCCUCUGUUAGGUGUGGGCCACGUGCGCAGUGGCGGACUGUGUGUUUUGUAAAAUGUCACGCAAGUCCUUAAAUGCCAAAUGGUAUUAA